AGGGACAUAAAUACAAUCAACCAACCUGAACAAGUGAACAACUGAACUCUCUGAAUGGUCUGCGUUUGUGACGAGACACACACAAACACACAAACACACACACACACAUACACACACGCAUAUACAUCGACAGACGUUCAACGUGCCUCUGAAAUUGGUUGCGGUUCCUUCACUUUAAAUAAGGCCUAUUAAGAAGAGGUAGUGCAGUUGUUUGGUACACAGCCCUUCAAACUGUGUUAUCUACCGCUAUUGUUGUAUAGCCUACUGUAUAAUGUUAUGUGUAAUAUUUAUACUUAUCUUCGUGCAUGGAGCCGCCGAUGGCUCCGGAACCACGCCGCGAUAUUACACCGCCUGUCCGACCGGUUGUAAAUGUGAAAACGACGGAAUGCUCGUGCGGGUAGACUGCGUGGACGUCGGUCUCGAGGAACUGCCUUCAAACCUGAGUGUGUUCACUUCAUACCUGGACGUGAGCAUGAACAACCUCCCCCUUCUUCCUGUCCACGCCCUGAAUCAUCUCCACUUCCUCCACGAGCUUCGACUGGCAGGAAUCAGUUUAACAGAAAUCCCUGAAGGAACAUUCUCUGACCUCCUCAAUCUCAAAGUACUAAUGCUACAGAACAAUAAUCUUAAAGCGGUUCCUGUCGAGGCCCUGGAGAACCUCAGGAACCUUCAGUCUCUACGUUUAGAUGCCAACCAGAUCUCCAGCGUCCCCAGCAGCUCCUUCAAGGGCCUGGCGUCCCUGCGCCAUCUGUGGCUCAAUGACAAUGCCCUCACAGAUGUGCCCACCCCUGCGCUAACCAGGGUGCCAGGCCUGCAGGCGGUGACCCUGGCCCUCAACCACAUCACCCACAUCCCUGACAGCGCCCUGGCAACCCUCAGCGGACUGGUGGUCCUACAUCUACAGAACAACCAGAUCCUUUCGCUGGGCGAACGAUGCUUCGCUGGACUGCAACACCUGGAGACCCUAGAUCUGAGCUACAACCACAUAGACGUGUUUCCUCCUGCCAUCAGAACCCUCCAGAACCUCAGAGAACUGACGUUCCAUAGCAACAGAAUCACAUCCAUUCCAGAACACGCCUUUAGAGGGAACCCGGCCCUGAGAACCCUAUACUUCCACAACAACCCUGUCCAGUCCAUUGGGAGGUCAGCCUUCCAGAACCUUUCAGAGCUGCGCACACUAACCCUAAACGGAGGCAUCCAGGACUUCCCAGACCUUACUGGGACACACUCACUCCAAAACCUGUCAGUUAGUGGCACACACAUCUCAUCCCUGCCUGGAUCUCUCUGUGAUCAGCUACCCAGCCUGCUUCAGCUUGAUCUCUCCCACAACCGGAUCCAGAACCUGCCCAGCUUCUGCGGCUGUAAGAAGAUCCACACCAUUGACCUGCAUCACAACCGCAUCUUCGGACUAUUGGCAGACACGUUCUGUGAGAUGUCGGAACUCAGAUCCCUUGAUCUCUCGUCCAACCGGCUAGCUUCCCUCUCUCUGGAGGGGCUUGGAAGUCUCGCCCACCUGAGUGUUGGUGGUAACAUGGAGCUGAGAGACCUCCUGCCCCUUCAGGCUCGGCCUCGUCUCAGGGCUGGCCGGAGGGGUGUGUUUGAUCUGUGUGAGAAGGCCGACAGCCGACACCUUCAGGAGACAGGCAGAGGUGUGUCCUGUCUGACCCACAGUGUGUUUGGGAGCUCUCUGCAGCGAGGCGCAGCGUGGAUCUUCAUCGUCCUCUCCCUCGCCUGCAACUCCCUGGUUCUGCUGUCCCUUGGCAUCACGACCGCACCCUCAUGUCCCUCCCAGCACCUACUGGGAGUGCUGGCCUGGGUGCAUCUCCUCUCCAGCGCCGCCCUAGCUGUGGUAGAUAGUAUGACCAGGGGCGGUCAAUGGUGGAAGGAAGGGACAGGCUGUGAAGUGAUGGACCUGGUGUUGACCUUCUCUUCAGAAGCCUGCGUGUUCCUGCUCACUGCUCUGGUAGUAGAGCGUGGCCACGCUGCUCAGAGUGCAGCCGUGCUUGGACGGACCAGGAAGAGUCCCUUCUGGUCCAGGGCUGUCCGAGCGAUCUCUGUCUCAUGUUGCACCCUAGCGGGGGCUGUGGCCUCCUGGCCCCUCCUGGGCACGGCUCUGCCUCCCCCCGGCGGAGCAGCUCCCCACAGACCCCCCUCCAGCUCAGGCUUCUCCUCAGCCCUGGUCCUGCUCAACUCCCUCUGUUUCCUGGUCAUGACGCUCAUCCACACGCGCCUCUGUCGCCGCCCGGACACUCUCGCUCCGCAGACAGGCCACGCCCACCCACGCUGCGCUCCCAACAUGGUGGCUUGUCUCCUCCUCACCAACGGUCUGCUCUUCCUCCCCGCGUCCCUCACCCCUUUCAUCUCAUCCCUCAGACCCUCUCUCCUCUCCAGCCCAGAGGUUGCCAGGUUUGGGAAGGUGCUCUCCCUGCUGCCUGCCUGUGUCAACCCCCUCCUGUACAUGCUCCUCAGUCCCUGGUUUCCAGAGGAGGUGGAGAGGCGUCUGUGCUGGAGGUCGUACAGGAGGAAGAGAGCCCGCCGCUCCAGCAGGGGGUCCGUGGACCUGGAGGCAGGUGACUCUGUUCAAACUCCCGUCUCCUGCUGAUCCUAAAGGGAGAGAGGCAGCGACUCACUUCCGAGUCAGACGUUUAAGGAGAGGUUCAAGGAUCAAGUUACCUGGCUCUUCCAAGGACAUCAAACUGAACUUCUAUUAGCAUCUUGUUCCUUGUUCACAGAGCUGCUUAGGGGAACUCAGAAUCCCUGAAGAGGCAUGAUGAUACUGCUGUUCACUGCCGGGCAGAGAGAAGUGUGUUCCUUCCUGCAGUAAUAAAACUCCUGUGUUGCACUCGUGGUUAAGGUAUCUCCAUUUUAACGUGACUAUAUCCAUAGGGUGUGGUUCAUCAUUUAUUUGUACCAUAUCCAUGUAUUUAAUUAUUUUGUAAACAGGAUCUUUUUAGAUUUAAAUUCCCCACCAAUUUGACAUGUUAGUUGGUUUCAGUUUAGUUGAUUCUUUUGUGUAGUUCUAAAUAAAUAUGUUCUGUAUUGUUGUGUUAUACAUCAAAUUUGUUUAUGUCUGCAUAAAUAAAAAGAUUGGCUAUAUUAGUUGAAUUUCCACAAGGCAGUAAAAUUCACACAAAUAAAGAAAAGACAAAAGAUAUUUGUUUAGAAAAUAAUUUAAUAUAAACAUUCAAGUUCAACAUACAAAAUAACAGUUGAAGGACUUCUCGGCUCAUAGCCAAAUACUCUUUAAUCAUAUAUUUUUGACACAAAAAAAACCCCUAAAUUGCACAUAAGAGAACAAUAUAGCUCCAAUAUUGAACCCGUGACUAGUGAUGGGUUUGAAGGGCCUCCCCGUCAGGUCUACAGGGCGUCAGCCUCAAAUACACAGGACAACGACAGGCCAAAUAGAAUACUUUGCAGUCAGACAUUUUGUUAUUGGCCAAUCAUUUAAAUUUUGUUCUUCUUUUAUCGUUUAAAACAAAUAGUGAAAUAAUGAGUCCAUCUUUUCUCUAAGGAUACACCAGAACAAACAGAAACAUCCUGGUAGCAGCCUAGUCUGGCCAGGAGAGGGGAACACCCUUUAAAACACACAGAUGCCUGCAGGCGUCCGGCAGAACUACUAACCCCCCCCCCCCCCCC